CCUUCCAUUUCGUUCCUAAUUCUUUCUUUCUUCCUGGGCAGCUUCUCAGAUCUGCCCCAUUUCUCCGGUUCUUCGUAAUCGCCAUCGUCGUCCUUGCCUUCCAAGAUAAAGGAUGGGGUUGUCUUUCACCAAGCUUUUCAGUCGGCUUUUUGCCAAAAAGGAGAUGCGAAUUCUCAUGGUUGGUCUUGAUGCUGCUGGUAAAACCACCAUUUUGUACAAGCUCAAGUUGGGAGAGAUUGUGACAACUAUUCCUACAAUUGGAUUCAAUGUCGAGACCGUGGAAUAUAAGAACAUUAGCUUUACUGUCUGGGAUGUUGGUGGUCAAGACAAGAUUCGACCUCUGUGGAGACACUAUUUCCAGAAUACUCAAGGACUGAUCUUUGUGGUUGACAGCAAUGAUCGUGACCGUAUAGUUGAGGCUAGAGACGAGUUGCACCGGAUGCUGAAUGAGGAUGAAUUGAGGGAUGCUGUGCUGCUCGUUUUUGCUAACAAGCAGGAUCUUCCAAAUGCUAUGAAUGCUGCUGAGAUCACAGACAAACUUGGUCUUCACUCGCUCCGCCAACGUCACUGGUAUAUUCAGAGCACAUGUGCCACCUCUGGGGAAGGGCUUUAUGAGGGUCUCGACUGGCUCUCCAACAAUAUUGCUAACAAGGCUUAAAAACGAUGAGUUGACUCCUGGUGGACUUUUUGUGGCUA